AUGAUUACCAGACUCUUGCCUGCAAAGAGGUCCUUCUCCCCAUCGUCAUAUAACGGACUUCGAUCAUUCGCACACCAGAUCCUUGGAUCCAGAAGCGCCAAACGUCAUUGGACGCCUCGAAAACUUCCCAGUCUCGAUCGAGUGUUUCCAGGGCCGGAACUGGGGGCAUACAAGCAAUACGAAGAUUCAGACUACUACUUACUCUUUGACGAGAAGAAGGAGAACGGUGCCAGCAGGUUCACCAGGAUCUGGAAGCCGUACAUCAAGAAGGGUCGGGGUGACUUCAACAAGAUGAAGUCUUGGGUGCAGUUUCUGAGCACACCGACGGCAGACACACCUGGAACGACGCUGCUUCUACAUUUCGACAGUAAAAGAUAUCUGAUUGGAGAUGUGGCAGAAGGAACACAGCGUGCGGCGAUACAACGGAAACUGGGCUUGUCAAAGGUCGCAGACAUCUUCCUGACUGGUACGAUCGGAUGGGCGAAUACUGGAGGCAUACUGGGAAUGAUCCUGACACUGGCGGAUAUUGCAACUGUUUCCUGGGAAGAGAAGAAAAAAGUCGCUGAGCAGACCAGGUUAAAAAAGGGCUUGGAGCGGCCUGAACAUGUCGAUAAGCAGUUCCUGAAUAUCCAUGGCGGCAAAAAUCUUACACAUUUGCUUGCAACCGCGAGGCGAUUUGUCUUCCGAAAGGGCAUGCCGUUGUACACAAAUGAAUUCCGAGCAAAGUCGGAUGCAAUAAACCUCAUUGAGCCAACAUUCAAGGACGAUCAGAUCAAGUUGUGGGCUGUGGUCCUUGAGUCCGAGAAGAAUAUCACGCGGCCGCGGAAACGAAGCCAUGAGGAGUUCUCUGAAGAGGAAGUUUCCACCUCACUGGAUGGCAAGCAAGAAACGCCAGAGGAGCGAGAGGAUCGAUAUGACCAGAUGAGGCAAUCUGUCGUCUCUGCCAUGUUCCAAUCAGAAUGGCGUCUGGAUGCUCUGGUCAAAAAGAAGCUCUCUGAGGUUCAAAGACCUGCUGCCAUCUUUUUCAGAAAUGACAAAGGCGAAAUCCAAAAAUACCAUGGUCCGACGAUAGAUGAAGACCCUAGUGUGCCGAACAUUGACGUACUUGUACGCAAUCCUUGGCCAGGAGCACUGAUUGAGACACUUCCACCAACAACACCAUCAGCAACAUCCGUUUGCUACUUCAUUAAGAACCAUCCACAACGAGGGAAGUUCAACCCGAAGGUGGCCAAGGAGCUCGGUGUCACUCCAGGAUCGGACUUCAGCAAGUUGACACGAGGCGAAAAUGUCACUACAGCCGCCGGCAAUGUUGUAACACCGGAUAUGGUCAUGGCAAAGAGUACAGAAGGCGGUGGAUUUGCUGUCAUUGAAUUACCGGAUAGUUCAUUCGUUGGGCCAUUGAUUAGUCGUCCGGAGUGGGCCUCAGGACAUGUCAUGCCGGGUAUUGGCGCAGUAAUAUGGAUCCUGGGACCUGGCGUGGUUCAGGAUUCGAGACUUCAAGCAUUUAUGCGAGAGCAUAGCAAGCUGAAGCACAUCGUGUCUUCAAAAGAUGCCUGCGCAAACUAUCUUGCCUUGGAGUCCCCAGCUGCAGCUGCCAUCCGUCUUCAUCUUGUUGAUGCUGAGCGUUUCCCAAUUCCAAAAUUCUGCAACGAUCCUCCUCUGGCGCCAGUUGAGAAUCUCCCCUACGUCAAGGCGAGGUUGGGCCAAACCAUACAAAUAGAGCCGAAGGUAGAUAUCCAAGAUACAUCCGUUGUUCAGUAUCUCGAUACUGCUACUGUUAUUAAGGAAGAAUCUGCCGACGUCAGAGAAUUUGCUCAGAUGGCUCGCAAGGAGGUGACCGACGCGGCAUUCUUAGCCCGUCUGGAAGAAACUCAGGAGGAUAUUCCUUGCAAAGAUGCAGAGGUCGUUACUCUCGGUACAGGAUCAGCUCUACCAUCUAAGUAUAGAAACGUCUCUGCUACUUUACUCCGUGUUCCUGGCUAUGGUAGCUACCUGUUUGACUGUGGUGAGAACACAUUCGGACAGCUGAGCCGAGUCUUUGGUGACGAAACACCAGAAAUUUUGCGCGAGUUGAAGGCCAUUUGGAUCAGCCACUUGCAUGCAGAUCAUCACCUUGGUACAGUCAGAAUCAUUAAGGAAUGGGCUUUGGAAACCGCAACAAACGACCAGACGAAGAACAACUCUUUGGUCGUGGCAUCUCAUGAUGGAAUGACCAAUUUCCUCAAAGAGUACUCUGAAGUCGAAGACUUUGGUUACGACAGAGUUCAACCGAUCGUCAUGGAGAAAAAGAAUGGUGGCUACUAUCACAAGUUUUCUGAUGAGCAAACCCAAAGAGUUGGUCUUACUUCAAUCCAAGCCUGUGGGGUUGAGCAUUGUCACGGUGCGUUAGCUGUUGCAUUCAACUUCCCCAAUGGCUUCAAAGUAGCCUAUUCUGGAGACUGCAGGCCUUCAGAGCGCUUUGUGGAAAUUGGCCGGGACGCUACUCUACUCAUCCAUGAAGCUACGUUUGACGACGAGCUCAGAUCCGAUGCUAUCGCCAAGAAGCACUCCACUACUUCAGAAGCCUUGGGUGUCGGAGAGAGAAUGAACGCCAGACGGAUUCUCCUAACGCACUUCUCACAAAGAUAUCAGAAGAUCCCAGUAAUGAAGACUGAGGGCAAGGACCAAGUCGCUAUCGUUGCGUUUGAUUACAUGCGUUGCAAGAUCGAAGACUUUGCGAAAUUCGAGGCGUUCAAGCCGGCGCUGGUAAAGCUCUAUGAGGACAAAACUGAAUAG